AUGAGGAUUCUGUGCAGGCAUUAUACGAUUUUAGUAAUUGAUGAGGGGAAAAGAGUGAAGAAGCAGAGGUUUAUAUUCAAACUGUCGAAAACUGUGAGCCCUGAAAGCUAUCAAUCUGAGCAAGAGUUUUCCACGCCACUGUUGAAGCUCGCCCAUGAAGAUCAUCGACAUUUUGUAUUGGAACAAAAAAAGAAGCGUCGUAGAGACUCAGGUGACAACGAAGCACAAGAGAUGCUUGCAGCAGAAAACAAUACUGUAGACGACGAUGGGUUACCGCCAGAGAUCAAUCAGAUGGUGAACAACUAUCUAAAGUUGAAUAAGGGUGAAGAAAAGACAGAAAGAAAAAAACCAAGUAGGAAAUAUUUUAGUGGAGACUCUGCAAAAAUUGCAUCAUUACCUAGUCUAGAUUACGUUUUUGACAUUUAUCAUCUAGAGAAAAUUCAUGAAGAUGAAGUUGCUCGAUAUAACAAUGAGAAAAAUAUAGGGUUUGUGAAAAUUAUCGAGCAUAUAGAUUUAGCUCUUGAUGAAGAAAGUGAUCCGAAUGAAGCCCGUUCAGAUGAUGAGGAUUCUAAUGACGAAAACUAUUACCAAAAUGAUUAUCCAGAGGAUGAGGAUGAUGAUAGAUCUAUUUUACUUGGUAGCGAAGGGGAAGAUAUAGCUGAAUUGGAAGAAGAGAUUGUUUUAGGGGUUAAUAAGAGUAGGUUUUCUUCUUGGAAUGACGAUAAAAUUCUGGGACCUAAUGGGUACCAGGAUGUGGAGGAAGAGUAUGGAGAUCUUUUUAACAGACUUGGAGGAAAGAGUGACGUUCUAAAAUCCAUAAACUCCUCGAAUUUCAUUGACUUGGAUGGCCAAGAAGCUGAAAAAGAAAUAAGUGACAAGGAAGAUGAUUUGGGUGAGGCGGAUGAUAUGGAAUACCCUAGAAAUGAAUUUUUUCCGACAGAUGCUGAUGACCCAUUGGCACACCACAGAGACAGAAUUUUCUACCAGCUACAGAAAAAAAUUGAUAGAAGCUAA